AUGAUAUCUUUUCAUUCAAGAACUAUGAGAGGGUUUGGAUCUUCUGACGAGCUCAAACAAUUUUUGCUUUCCGCGCCCACCAUCGAGCAAAUCCUUUCAUUUUCAACAAUUGAAGAAGAAGUCCAAUCCAAUAACCAAAGUUUAAUGAGCUAGUAAUUUCUAUUUAGUCUCUCAAAUGAUCACAUCAGAUAUCUAAUUACAUUAAUAACAGAAGAACCUCUAGACGACUCAAAUAGAGACCGUGCUUACAAGUUUCCUCUUAUAGCCAGCCUUUUCUUUGGCACAGACCAACUCACAGUUUUAGAUUUUUUUUACGAAGACAAAACACUCCUAGAUUUGCUUUUUAAUUUCCUCAACAAAGAAGAAGACCUCAACUUUCUGCUUGCUGGGUAUUUCGCUAAAGCUUUUGACUCACUUAUAAGCAGAGAUUGUGACGCUCUUUUACAAUAUGUGUUUACUAAUAGUUUUCAUACAAAAAUGUUGAAACAUCUUUAUAGCCAAUCUAUAGCUGAUGUCAUUUUUAAAACUGUGGCCGCUUAUAACUGUGAGGAAGAUUAUCUGUCUGAAAGGCUUGGAAUUUUGGAAGAGCUUAUAAAUAGCUUGUCAAAUACAAAUCCAGCUGUAGCCAUGAAUGUAGAGUACGUUAUGGAAAAAGUUAUAAAUGAUAAGUCAAUUAACUUGUAUGUGGCUUUAUAUGAGUAUUUAUCAAGCGAAGCUAUAACUGAAAAAAUUUUUAGAAAUUUGGAAAAUGAGUAUACCUGGAUCGCGAGAUCUUCAGCAAAAAUUUUAAAAAAUUUACUUAAGCAGUAUCUUGAAGAAAUAAAAGACUCUGGAGAAGAUGUCCCUGAUAUCGUUGGGAUAUUUGAGAAAAAUUUGGAAUUUAUGAAAAACACACUUGAAAAGCCAAAAGAUAAAAAAAUAAGCUCACAAUUUUGUAGAGAAAUCGAGGCGUAUUCAGAGGAAAAAAUAAUUGUAAUUGAUAUACUCACAAUAUUAUGCACAGUUGAAAAUUAUUCAUUAUGAAAGACCAUUGUCAGCUUGAAAUUUAUUGAGACGAUAACUGCUCAUUUUAAGACAUAUAUAUGGAACUCUACAUUACACACUGCCUAUUUGAAUUUAUUAUAUGCAAUUUUGACAGGCGAGUCAGAAGAAUUAAUUCAAGAUAUAUUUAACGCUAAAAUACCUGACAUGGUUUUAGACCAAGCAAUAGUGCCAGAUGAAGAAAUAGAUGGGAUUAGUAUAAGAAAAGGGCAUAUAGGGCACAUCUAUAAAAUAGCGAAUCUAUUAAAGACUGCCAGAGAGAGUCAAACAGUUAUUUUAAAUUUUUUUAACCAUGUUGAAGGCUGGUAUGAGUUUGAGUCACAUGUUUUAAGUAUCUACAAUGAAAUUGAGUCAGUGCCACUUGGCAAUAGAAAGAGCAGCGCUGCACCAAAUUCUGCAGUAAGAAUUAUAUAGAAUGAUAUUGAUAUUUUGCAGGAUUUAACACAAGGAAUAGCUUUUGAUAUGCCUUCGUAUGGUUAACGUAGCUUUUUAAAUCAAAAUCCUUUUGAUAUUAAAGAAGUUGAUGACCCAAUGAUUAUAAAUCAACUAGAAGAACAAGGGGAGAUAAAGAGUAGCAAUAUAUUUAUGGAAACAAUUCCAAAGGAUAAUACUUUUGCGAAGCUUAUGGAGACAGAGUUUAUGGACAACAAUUUCUGGAAAAUCAGUAAAAUUGUAGAUGAGGUUCCAGAAUUAGGAUAA